AUGUUGCCGUCCUCGGUGCGCCGCGUCGCCCCGACGGCUGCUGGCCUCGCAGCAUCAGCGGCUCCCAGGGCCGCCGUCGCUGCUGCUGCUUCGACGCCCGUCAUCAUGCGCGGCCACCAGCGCCGCUUCUCCUCGUCCAAGCCCUCGCGCCCCGACAACGGCUCCAGCGAAUUCUCGGCCGGCCAGUCUGUCCCUGCCUCGUCGUCGCGGCACGAGGGCAAGGCUUCGGGCGACAAGCGGAAACGAAAGAGCAAGGAGGCGGCGGCCCGUGAUGCCUCGUUCAAGAAGCUGCCCAGUGUCCCUGCCACGCACCACAUGUCCCAAGAAGCCCUCGGUCUCUCGAGCUUCUUCUCGCUUCACCGCCCCAUCUCGAUCACCCAGACCAUGCCACGAACCGUUUCUGACGAGCACUUUGCUUCCAUCUUUGCGGCCCGCUCCAAGGCUAGCCGCAUGUCCGAGACUAUAUCCACCCUGUCCGACACCAUCGACCAGCUCGAGGGUCCCAUGGCCCAGAUGACCAUCGGUGGCCAAGAGGAGCAGAUGCAGAACGGCAUGCAGCGCCUUGAAGUCCGCAACGCCGACGGCAGCGAAUCCAGCGUCUACCUCCAGGUUGACACCAUGUCGGGCGACUUUUUGCCCUUUCGUCCGCCGCCGCUGCCCCAGGCCCAGACGGCCGCCGGCGAGGGCGAGACUAGCAUGGCGGCCGAAGCCGAGGCGGCCGAGGAGAACCCCCAGCACCGCGUCUACAAGGCCAUGUUCACCAUUGAAGAGUCCACCGAGGCCGACGGCCAGAUCCGCAUCGUUGCCCACAGCCCGCGCAUCAUCAACGAGGAGCAGCCGCGCAGCUUCAUCGAGCGCCUCGCCCAGCGCCAGCUGCGCUUCGACGAGUCCCGCGCCCGCCGCGCCAACGGACACGCUGCCGGCGAGACCAUGGAGGCCAUUAGCGUCAAGCGCCAGCGUAAGCUCCGUAUGAAGAAGAAGAAGUACAAGAAGUUUAUGAAGCGAACGAGAAACCUGCGCCGCAAGCUUGACCGCACAUAA